GGAGAGCAACGUGCGUCUCCCGGAAAUACGCUUGAUCCACGUGUGACUUGCCUUGUAAUUUGUGUAGAGUUACCAUGUCUCGGCGGAGUGUUAAGGUUAAAACUGUCGAAAAUCCUUCCUCUGAUCCGAGUCCCAGUCUAGAGCUGGAGGAACCGCUGCAGACCCGGAGUGGCCGCCGAUUACGAUCUCAGCCGGUUUCGGUCACAGAGGCUGCUCAGCAGACGUCCCAGACAAGCCGCCGACCCGCCAGAAAGUCGCAGAGGCUUCAGUCCGAAGAAGUAGAGGACACAACUUCGAAAGAUUCGGAAACUUUACCACAGAUUACAGAAGAAGCGACAUCUCCGGCAAUCGAAGAGCCCAGAAGCCCGAGAGACAAAGAGGAGAGAAACGCAGAAGCCGAAGAUGAGGCAGUCGAGUCGAAACCGACCGAUUACAGUGGCGAGGCGCAUCGAGAGGUUAACGAAGAACCCGGCUGUCUGGCCAAAGAGGACAAGAAAGAUGAGGCGGCUGACCCACAGGAACAGGACGGCGGGGAGCCAAAAAGGAUGAAAAUGGAGAAGGACGACGCGAAAGCCGCACGUGAAAAGGAGCAGGACCGGCUGACCAACGGCAAACCCGUCACGAACAACCAAGUACCGAUUCCGCUGGGGAAGCCGAAGUCUGGGCGCGUCUGGAAAGACAGGACAAAAAAGAGGUUUUCGAGUAUGCUGAAGACCAAGUCGCUCUGCACCUCCUGGGAAAAGAAGAUGCAAGAGAAACAAGAGACAAAGAUGAUGAAACUUUUGGCCAGGCAGUUGCAAGAAGACAAAGCCAAAGCGAAAGAGGCAAAGCGCCUACGCAGGGAGGAGAACCUAAAACGAAAGGCAGAGAAUGCACUCAAGUCUGAGAUUGUCCAAGUGGUAUGA